AUGAACAAGUUUUUCUCAAUUAUUUUUCUUACUCUUUUCAUUGCGACUUCAUUAGUUAAAAGUUCAGUACAAGAGAAAACAGCCGAUGCUGCAGCUGACUUAAAAGACAAGAUUGUUGAAACUGUAAAAGAGGCAUAUGAUACAGCUUCACCUAAAGUCGCCGAAAGUGCUGAAUAUAUCAAAGAAAAAGUUGUGGAUGGAGCUGAAUUUGUAAAAGAAAAGACUGGUGAAGCAUAUGAUAAUCUUGCUCCUAAAGUAGUCGAAGGUGUUAAUUAUUUAAAAGAUAAAGCUGAAGACACUUAUGAAACUCUCUCACCGAAAAUUGCUGAAGGUGCAGAAUAUUUAAAAGAUAAAGCUGAAGAAGCUUAUAAAAGUGGAAGUAAACUUGCCGAAGAAUAUGGUGAAGUUGCCAAAGAAAAAUUAGCUAAUAUUGCUGACGAUGUUAAAGCUUCAGCUCAAAAUUUUGCUGAUAAUACAGUUAAAACUAGUCAAGAAUAUGCUCAAGAAGGUGUUAAACAAGGUCAAAAAUUAGGUGAACAAGCUUUUGAACUUGGCAAAGAUAAAGGUUAUUUUAUACAGAUUUCAAUAAUUAAUCAUAAUUAUCUUGUUUUUUUUUUCUUAUUAUUUGCAGCUAAUGAAGCACUUAAAGCUGCUAAACAAGCCAAUGCAUAUGAAGCUUCACUUGAAUUAGGUGCUGAUGUUGCUAAAAAAGGUCGAAAAUUAGCUGAACAAACACUUGAAUUGAGUCGAGAUAAAGCGAACGAAGCAUUGAAAGCAGGCAGACAUGCUAGUGAAGAUGCAGUUGAAUCAGUGCAAGAUUAUGCUAAAGAUUCAAAAAAGAAGGCAAAGAAAAAAGCAAAAGAAGCUACUGAAGAAGCAGCUGAAGUAACAAGAAAACUAAAACGAAAGGCUACAGAAUUGUAA